UCGAGCGAGUCAGCAUGUUGGUGAUCCUGCUGAACUGCGUCACCCUGGGCAUGUACCAGCCCUGUGCUGACAACGAGUGUCAGUCCGCCAGGUGUCGCCUGCUACAGGUGUUCGACGACCUGAUCUUCGCCUUCUUCGCGCUCGAGAUGUGCAUCAAGGUGCUCGCCAUGGGCUUCAUGGGCAAGAACGCUUACCUCGCCGAGGCCUGGAACCGCCUCGAUUUCUUCAUAGUCGUCGCCGGGGCUUUGGAGUACGUCCUAGACGUGGGGAACAUAAACCUUUCGGCAAUUAGGACAAUUAGGGUAUUACGACCACUUAGGGCAAUAAAUAGGAUACCAAGUAUGCGCAUCCUGGUGAUGCUGCUGCUGGACACCCUGCCCAUGCUGGGCAACGUCCUGCUCCUGUGUUUUUUUGUCUUCUUCAUCUUCGGCAUCGUGGGCGUCCAACUGUGGGCGGGCCUGCUGCGACAGCGAUGCUAUCUGGUGUUGCCCGACGACAAUGUGUCCAUUCCAAGUCCCAUUUCGUCAUACUACCAGGGGGUGGAUGCGGAAAGGGACUUCAUCUGCAGCACGGAGAAGGACAACGGGAUGCACCGGUGCAGCGGUCUGCCGCCGCUCGUCCUCACCACGGGGCUGGUGUGCAACGCCAGCGCCCUGCCGCACAGCGACAACGUGCCGACCAACGCGUCGUGCGUCAACUGGAACCAGUACUACAGCAACUGCACGGCGGGGGACAAGAACCCCUUCCAGGGGUCCAUCUCCUUCGACAAUAUCGGCCUGGCCUGGGUCGCCAUCUUUUUGGUGAUUAGCCUGGAGGGCUGGUCCGACAUCAUGUACUACGUCCAGGAUGCACAUUCCUUUUGGGACUGGAUUUAUUUUGUUUUGCUCAUUGUGAUCGGGUCCUUCUUCAUGAUCAACCUGUGCCUGGUAGUCAUCGCAACGCAGUUCUCUGAGACCAAAAAGCGAGAGAUGGAGCGCAUGCGUAUGGAACGCGCUCGCUACCACUCCAGCUCCACGCUGGCGUCGACCUCCGUCUCGGACUCGGGCUGCUACACCCAGAUCAUCAAGUACCUCACGCACCUCGGCCGGAGGGCCAAGCGGAGGUUUUUGCGCUGGUACCGGCGGCGAAAGCGUCGUCGGGCACGCCGCGCCAUUGCCCAAGCGACCCCGGCGGCCGUGGAAGCGACUGCCGGGUCGCCCAUCUCCCUGCGGCAUCAGCCGUCGACUCCCCGUCGCCCGACGCCUCCACGCACGGGCGACAUUCACCACUCGGAUCGCAGCGAAAGCCAAUCUUCGGACUCGAGCGGUUCCUCCCCGGCGGAAUCGAAGACUUCGCUGCCGGACCUGGGCCCCGUGGCCGCGGUGGCUUCCGAGGGCACUACAGAGCGCUGCCGAAUGCUCGAGCUCCCCCCGAGGGCCAGCCCCGAAGCCUCGGACGUGGAGGUGGGCGCGUCGCCCAGGAGGCCCUCCUGUCUCAGGAUAGCCUCUCGGACCGGUCUGUCCAACCCGCAAGGGCCGGACACGACGGCCGCGCUGCCCGAGCGUCCGGCGCUGGGGCGGGGCCCCUGCGGCCCCAAGACGGUGAGCCUGCAGGCCCCUGCCCCGCCGACGCCUUCGGACGAGCUCGUGGCCCACCCCGGCUCGGCCAGCGGCUCCUCGUCCUCCCCCCUCCCGACGACCACGGCCGGUGCAGGCGCCACGUUGACCUGCGCGGAAUUACUGGCCUUCAGCGGGGCCCAGAGCGCCGCGCUGGCGGCCAGCUUCGCAAGCAACUUCGCCAUGCACCGGUUCUACUCGACACUCGGCAAAGGUACGAAGCAUUACUCGGCACCGCAGUUGACGUUCCACUCCCAUGGCUCCUCCCGUCGGCGGCGUCGGCACCCUCAGCCCGUCGACUCUCCCCCCUCGACGUCCCCGUCUUCGUCGUCCUCGACGUCCUCGUCGUGUUCAGGGGCCCACAGCGACUCCUCCUCGUGCGGCGAGGAAGAGGACGACGGGGAAGAGUCGUGGUACUCCGAAUACGAGGACGAGCUCUCGGGAAGCGGGUCGGGUCCUCCCAGGGGGCGAGCCCGGGGCCCCUGCUGCCGCUUCUGGCGAGCUCGGCAGGUGCAACUCAGGCGCCUCGUGGGGCACCAGUACUUCCAGAGGGGCAUCCUCACUGCCAUCCUCGUCAAUACCCUCAGCAUGGGCAUCGAAUACCACGAUCAGCCCCACGAGCUGACCCAGGCCGUGGAAAUCAGCAACCUCAUCUUUACUGGCAUCUUCGGCCUUGAGAUGUUGCUCAAGAUCCUUGCGGAGGGCUUUCUCUCCUACAUCAGUAGCGGUUUCAACCUCUUUGACGGAGUCAUCGUUAUCCUCAGCAUAGUGGAACUGACCCAGAGCAGCGGAAGCGGGCUCUCGGUGCUGCGAACGUUUCGACUUUUGCGGAUCCUCAAACUGGUUCGCUUCAUGCCGGCGCUCCGGCGCCAACUCUUCAUCAUGCUGCGGACGAUGGACAACGUAGCCGUGUUCUUCGCUCUUCUGAUAUUGUUUAUUUUCAUCUUUAGCGUUCUGGGCAUGAACCUUUUCGGCUGCAAAUUCUGUGUCAAGGAACCCGAUGGGACCGUGCAGUGUGAUCGCAAGAACUUUGACUCCCUCCUCUGGGCGCUAGUUACCGUGUUUCAGAUCCUCACACAGGAGGACUGGAACGUCGUGCUCUUCAACGGCAUGGAGAAGACCUCUCCGUGGGCGGCCCUCUACUUCGUGGCGCUCAUGACAUUCGGAAACUAUGUCCUUUUCAAUCUUCUCGUUGCCAUCCUGGUCGAGGGAUUCUCAGCUGAGGGUGACCGCAAGAAGAGCUUGGAGGCCCUGAAGGACACUGCGGACAUAGAUGCAGACGGCAAUCAAAAGUACGCCUCACAGGACGCUGAAGAUGACCCAAAGGACAACAUCAUGAAGGAAACGCGGAUGUUGUCCCAGCCGGCAUGCGGAUGCAAGACGGACGCGGCGGAGGAGCCGGCCAUGGCGCUCUCCUGCAUUCCCCCGAUCAUCACACACACGGCGGCCACCCCGCAGGGCUCUCCCAGCGCCACCCUGGAGAUGUCCCUGGUUCGAGAUUUCGGCCACCGGCUCUCGCCCCUCACGGCGUUGCACCUUCCCCCGCCCUGUUCCUCCUCAUCCUCGGCCGACUCCGGGGGCCGCUCCACGCCGUCCCCCGGUGCGGCGUCGCGGCUUUCGCGAACCCCAAGCGACCGGAGCACGGCGAGCGGCGCCCCUGCGGUUCUUGGAGCGGCCCCCGGAGCGGCUCCGGGCUCCGCCCUGCUCCACGUCCCGCGCCAGGGAGGCGGCGGCGGCUUUGUUCGCAACGACGGCCCGAGUCCCACCAACGGACGCAGGCGACGUCGCAGCUGCGUGAGCCCCGCCCCAACCCUGACCCGCAAGGGUUCCCCUCCGACGCCCCCCGGAAGCCCCCUAAUCAAACUCCACCGCCAGGGAAGCGGGGCCAGCUCUGGCAGCGCGGCGCUGCGGACCGACUCCGACAACGACUCGCUCCUGGACGGAUACCGGGAGCUGAGCCCAGCACCGCUCAACAACGUGACCGCCGGUCAGAGCGGCCCAAGUGCCUCAGCCUCUGACCACAGUCAUUGCAACGGCGGAAUGCUGCCGAACCUCAACAACUCUAGACAGAACGAAACGACUUUCAACAACAACAACAACAGCCAGCCUCACCAACACCACCAUCACCAUCAUCACCAUCACCAUCAUCAUCACCACAGGGUUAACAAUCACCACAAGCGGCCAAACGUCCUGCCCAAGCAGAACAACGCCACUGCCACCUGCGCGGAGGAGAAGCAGGAACCGAGCUACCCGCAGUCGCCAACUUUUGCCGGGGGUGACGCCGGUCGCAUGAUGACGUCAUAUACACCCCUGAGUCGGCAGAACUCACUGCAGAGUCAACACAGCGGUGGUGGCAGUGUCAUCGUCAGUCGACACAACUCGCUGAGCAGUUCCGGCCUGGGCUACGUGGAGACCAGGCAUAACUCGCUCGUGACCAAGCCCGGCAAGAAGAUUAACGUCGAGGGCAGCGUCCUCCACGUCAAGGUGGAAAACGCGGCAGCAGCCGCCGCAGCGCUCGCGCUCGGAGACAGGGCAGUGCACGUGCCAAAGUUAUGCUGGUUCUUCGAACCUCAGUGGUGGAGGUGGUGCUUCGAGAACCGGGACAACCACUCGCUAUUCAUCUUCCCACCGGAAAGCAAGAUGCGCAUCUACUGCAACCGCCUGACGGACGGCAGGUGGUUCGACUACACAGUCCUGGUGUUCAUCGCGCUCAACUGCAUCACGCUGGCCAUGGAGAGGCCCAACAUUCCACCCAAGAGCCUGGAGAGGGAACUGCUCAUCGCCGCCAACUACACCUUCACCGUCGUAUUUGCAUUUGAGAUGCUAGUUAAAGUGAUCGCCAAGGGCCUCUGGUACGGGGACAAGGCGUACUUCAAGAGCGGCUGGAACAAGAUGGACGGAGUGCUAGUUACCAUCUCCCUCGUCGACUUUUUCCUCACCUUCGUUGCCGAUGGAAGCCCGAGAAUCUUUGGCAUCCUUCGUGUCUUCAGGUUGCUCCGCUCGCUACGGCCCCUCAGGGUUAUCAACCGCGCCCCCGGCCUCAAGUUGGUCGUCCAAACCCUCAUGUCCUCUCUGAGGCCCAUCGGCAACAUUGUCCUCAUCUGCUGCACGUUUUUCAUUAUUUUCGGAAUCCUUGGCGUCCAGCUCUUCAAGGGCUCUUUUUACUUCUGCGAAGGCCCCGACGUAAAAGGAGUGCGCACGAAGGAAGACUGCCUAGAACGGGGCAUGAUGUGGACAAACCGGAAAUACAACUUUGACCAUCUGGGCCAGGCCCUGAUGGCGUUGUUUGUCCUGUCUUCGAAAGACGGCUGGGUCAAUAUUAUGUACUCUGGACUUGACGCCGUCGGAGAAGGCAUACAGCCCGUGGAGAACUACAACGAGUGGCGUCUGCUGUACUUCAUCUCGUUCCUGCUGCUGGUGGCCUUCUUUGUGCUCAACAUGUUUGUGGGCGUGGUGGUGGAGAACUUCCACCGCUGCCGGGAGGAGCAGGAGCGGGAGGAGAGGGCCAUGCGUGCUGCAAAGAGGGCCCGCAAGCUGGAGAAGAAGCGCAGGAAAAUGCGGGAGCCCCCCUACUAUGCCAACUACUCCAAACCCCGCCUGUUCACCCACAACAUCGUGACAAGCAAAUAUUUUGACCUUGCCAUCGCCGCCGUGAUCGGCCUCAACGUUGUCACCAUGGCCAUGGAGUUCUACCGGAUGCCUCUGGAACUUGAGUAUGCCCUGAAGAUCUUCAACUACUUCUUCACGGCUGUGUUCCUUCUGGAGCUCUCCAUGAAAGUGGUGGCACUGGGCAUCCCCAGAUACCUUACUGACAAGUGGAACCAACUGGACAUCCUGAUCGUGAUCCUGUCCAUCAUGGGAAUCGUCCUUGAGGAGAUGAAAUCGGACCUGAUACCCAUCAAUCCUACCAUCAUCCGAGUCAUGCGCGUACUGCGUAUUGCCAGAGUGCUCAAACUGCUGAAGAUGGCCAAGGGCAUCCGUGCUUUGCUGGAUACCGUGAUGCAAGCGCUUCCGCAGGUCGGAAACCUCGGCCUUCUCUUCUUCCUCCUCUUCUUCAUCUUUGCUGCACUCGGCGUCGAGCUCUUCGGCCGGCUGGAAUGUGACGAAAGUCACCCCUGCCAGGGCCUCGGGGAGCACGCCCACUUCCACAACUUCGGAAUGGCCUUCCUCACCUUGUUCAGAGUCGCUACGGGUGACAACUGGAACGGCAUCAUGAAAGACACCCUUCGAGACGAGUGCGACGCAAGGAGCGACUGCGUGCGCAACUGCUGCGUGUCUGCCAUCAUCGCCCCGCUCUACUUCGUCGUGUUCGUGCUCAUGGCCCAGUUUGUGCUGGUCAACGUCGUGGUGGCUGUCCUCAUGAAACACCUGGAGGAGUCCCACAAGCAGAUGGACGACGACCUAGACAUGGAGGCCGAGCUCCAAGAGGAGAUGGAGCAGGAAGAACGGGAGCUCCUACAGGCCAAGAACAAGUUGGUGAUGGACGCCAAGAUGGAGCUGCACAGGCCCAUCGUGAAAAUGUCAUCCCUGCCAGCCAACUUCACUUUCUACUUUCGCGACGACGCAAAUGGCGAAUCUUCAUCGGCGCUGCCCGUGAUUAGCAUCUGCAUCCCGGACGACCAGGACAGUCCGAUUCGCAGCAAGGCGUCAUCGUCGUCCACAGAUUCGGACGCCGCCGGAAUCGACAUCGCCGAUAUCGAAUUGACGACGGAAGAAAGAUCAGCAGCAUCGAUCGAUGACGUGAACAUCCGCCGAGCCUCGCCCGAAGACGGGUCCACCGAGAAGGUGGCCGUGGCCGACCUGCGUGCACUCACCACCGACGAAGCCUACGACCUUCCGUCAACGAGUCCAACACCGCCGUUGGACGUCGACGAAGACGACGAAGAUUCAGAGACCACGAGCACGUCCACGUCGAAACUGCGCUACCUCCUUCCGAAUUACCCCGAACUCAGCAAAGCCAUCGACCCCGACUCGAGCGAGUCCAACUCGUGGACGUUUUCGGCAGAGUUCCCGUCGUCGUCGACGUCGCGGACCGCCAUAUUUGCUGGUGGAGACGCCACCGACGAGGAGGAGGACGUUCAGACCCCGACCACGACGACGGACGAGACGACGGCGCCGGUUGUGGUAGUCGCAGAGGACAACAACGGAGACCUGGUCAGUUUCCGACCAUGUCUGCGGCCAUCUGUCGAAGACAAGAGCGAUGAUGACGGAACGUCGUGACGUCGCGUCUCGCAAGUCACAUUGAAGCCCAACUCAGACAGACAACGUAUUGCCCCUGAGCCGACGUAGUAGAACUUCGGCGUCGCUUCAACAACUCGCGUCGGCGACGACUUCGGCAAGGACGACCCUGCAGGCGGUUUCUGCGUCCGUCCGGUCCUGAUGCCAGGAUGGUCCGACGGUGUUGCGCAGACUGUCUGCUUGAGUGACCGACACCAGGGUGAACGUGCAUCGUGGCGGAAGAGAGACCAGCGGUAAUAGUGCUCCCGAUGAGGUGCAUUCGGUCCUUCUAGUUUCUCCCGCGGUGUCGAGAAGAACGGAAUGAAACCGAAUCGCCCAUGAUACCAAGCACACAUCGGCAACACCUACCGCUACUACCGCUACUACCACUACUACCACAACUGUCGCUACGUGUUAACAAACCCCUCACCGCCACCUGACAAGCUGUGAUGACACCAUUUUUAGGUCGAUUGUGCGUGUGUUUCUGACACUGCUUUCUCUCUUGACCUCCUUUACGGAAACAUUAUCGACAUCGUGUUUGCGAUGGUUGAGCCUUUUUACGUUCCAGCCGACGAUUGUCUUAGCUAUGGUUUGGAUUUGUUAAACUUCUUUCUCGUAAUCUGAAACAAUAGGCGAUAGAAGAAAUGGCGGAAACAGAACGGCCCUCCUUAAUCGUCCCACUCGACUUAGAACUCGAGGAUAGCGCCUGAACAUUUCCGAACUGUCAAAAGGUCCUGGGCUGAAGAGCCGCUAAGGUUUUGCUACAUAGGCCAAGUCUGGCGUUGAAGUCUGGGUUGGUCCCGCCUCGCGACUGAUGCAAUAAGAAGUGCUGUGCUCUGGUUUACAAUGGCAGGAAGCCGAUGCUCCAGAACUGCGUCACCCUGGGGCAAACACCGACACCCUUGGCAAAAAUGUCUGCUGCCGAGACGAACUGAACUCGUUACAAAAAGGUGCUGGUGAACUGAGAAGGCGGAUAGAUAGUGGCACUGGCGUACGUUGGGGUUUUUUGUGGGGGACUUGACAACAUACAGAUAUGUUACGACAGGCACAAAGGAUUGAAGGAUUUUCGCGCUCUGCAGUAAAUCGUUGAACCCCAGCGUCGAAGCCACGUCCGUCAUAUGUGCAUGAGGUUGCAAUGCCCGCUGCGUGUAAAUGCGCUGUUACUAGGUCUAGGUACCGGGUUAUGGGUGUUUCCUAAUAGAAAACUAGGUUACGCUUGCCGGAGAAACGUCUGAGGUUUCCUCGCGUGUUUUCUUUUUGCUAACACCUUAAUAUCUGUGUAAAGGGGGACGUGAACCUACGUUUUAUGAAUACGGAAAAACGCUGCUCACCGAUGUCGACAACGUGGCUUGCAAGCGGUCAUUUUUUACCGUUCUGGAUUUUAAGAUAAAGUUACCGGCUACGAACCCUAAACAACGCGAAUACACUAAAAACAGGCAGUAUUAAGGGGGCUUAAUUUUUAUGUAGCCAGUUAAUCUCAGGUUAACCGAUGAAUUAAUACGCGCAUCUAGAUCUUGACGCACCUAACACGCGAUUAAUGACCGAAUGCCCGAAUCAAGGCAGACUAGACACUGCAGGGCUCGACAAGCGUGUUUACUUCUCUUCAGACGUUUUCUGUGGCCACGGUGCGACAAUGGGGGACUGAUCUUGGGGAAAAAGUUUUUUCGAGCAAAUUCAAGCUUUGCGUUACCUGCCGUUCAAUUUUCUUCGACUAAUGACGAACGUGUUCCUUGGGGAUUAAUUCUUAAAAUUACACACGAACGCAACAAUGAACUGAAAGCUGGUCAUGCACACGUAAAUGUUGCAAAUUCAAGUACUAAUAAUUGUUAUCAUUUUAUUUUUAUAACACACGUCUGUUGCAAGCAUUACUCCCGGACUAGGCUACCUUAGAGGAACAUAAAAAACGAUUAGCGAAGGCAUGAUCGUCUAAACAAGUUCGCACUCUUGACAUUGGGGACGCAAAGGGAAUCCGUCGGGCCAAAUGCACCACCAAAAAAUCACAGCCAGUUGAGGAACAGGGUGUAACUGCGAAUACAUUAGACUCACAGCGCUGCCACGAAGAAAAGCUCCCAUGCCAUAUCAUGCGAUGGCACAGGCAUUACGAUCCAGUCCGGCUAUGGACUAGAUGACAGCAACGUAUCACACACUCAGCACCAUUGAGAAAAUACCAGUGCUUCUUAGUUCGUUAACCAGUAAUAAAUGGCUUUUUAACCGGUUAAGUCUUUUCGGGAUUAAGUAGUUUCGGGUAAGUACUGGCCCCCCAAGAACGCGUUUUGCAGAAAGACUCAGAUGCGAUGACUGCCGAUUGUACAAAGGGCAUUUUGUAACGAUAGAACAAACACACAGGCGGCAGAGAACUCAAUUAUCCAUAGACCCUGCAUGGCCAUUCAAAUAUGGUAACAGAGGCAACCCGUUGUAACGAAGUUGAGGCGCGUGUAGUCGCUCAACACUGUUCGUUGUUAGAACCAAGCCUACGAUGCAUCAAGAAGGAGGUGGACGUGCGUCAUGAACAAAGCCAGUUAGAUCUGUUUAGAAUCGCCGUGCCACUUUCGUUGAGGGACUUUCCGAGGCGCUUCGGGUGGCCAUCCCCAAGAACGAAACCACCGAACCCACCGAUGUUCCUUUUCCCCGUUCGAUAUAGAUGACCGCUAACGCCGUUGUCGACGUUGUUGGAAGAAACAAAAGAGCACUCUUCUUUCCCGUAAACCGUCACCACAGUCAUACAAGAGCACACCCAUUGCACUCACUGCAUCGUGACUCGAACGGAAAUCGUCUACGGUCACUUUCUGUCCUCGGAGCUGCGACGAGGGAACCAAACCUAAGAAAGCCAGUUAAAGUUAGCCCUCAUCGUCGCCUGAAUUCAGCUGUGACGAAGUCAAAGAAAAAAAAAAAAACGAAACCCCGAACCCGCGUCACUGGUGCAAAAACGCGUGUUGUAGGUUUAGAGCUUUCUAAGAAAAGAGAAAAAAAAACAGAAACCAUGGAAGGGGUUACGUACUAGAAGUGAUCCCCUCCAGUUUAUUUCGAUUUCUGUAAAACAAGUACACAGCAUCAUGGGGGAAACUUUGGUUUCAAGGUUUACUAUGUAUCUUAUGGAAGAGUGGGAAGAAAAAAAAAUCAAAGCAGGCGACGAUAUGCAAAGCAGAGGCCACAGAGUCGCAGUCCGCAUAACCUGGUCGCCCUUCUAUUACAAAGGCUGCACGUCCUCUUUCCUUACUUGAAAAUCGUUCGUUUUGUUUGUCUCUCGGUGAAGACAUAUGCCAUGGACGACUGCAGUGCUUCGAUUUGCUCGCUCAAAAUCCCGUGGCUAAGAGUGGCCGCGAGAGUGAGAUACGUCGGAACGCGCUUGAAACGCUUCUAUUUUUCUGUCGAUGCCGUGUCGCCGCCGCUAAGCUCCGCAUCGCUUGCGUAUUGUUGCUGUUCGUCGUUACUGUCACGUGUAUGUGGCGCGGCUGCUUUUCGUGGGUGCGCCCGUGGUGGAUCUGCUGCGCCGUGCACGCUCGCGCAACUCUCACUCGCGUCGGCGCUUCGAUCGCAUCACCACCGCACCAAACUCCCGCACAAAAAUCGCAAAUCGUAGUUAAUGCAAGAUGGGGUCGAACCAGGCCGGCCCCAUGGCGAUGCGAAUCAGUGAACACGGGCCGGUUUUUUUUCUUCUUCUUCUGACCGCGAAACAGCGUAACCGCAAACGGAGACAGCCAGCGAGCGCGUCACGUGAUGUUUUCUAUGUCUUUUUGGCCGUCUGCCCACCGAAGAGGCGUUGCAAUUUUCAUCCGACUUUUUUUUUCUUGCAAUGGUGUCGCUCUCGAUGGUGGGUGGACGAAAGGCUACUUUUGUUUUUGUCAUGGGAGGUUCGUUGGAGAUGUAUGUUGUUUGGUUUACGGUGGAGACGCUACCACCUAGAUAUUUUGCAGAACAACGUACGCGAUUCUUUCGCAUAUUUAAAAAGGACCCAACCUUCGUUCCAUUCGUCUGUUUUUGCUUCUUGCUUGUUCUCAAACUGCCCAAAUCGGUCCUGUUUCAAAAUUAACAUCCCUCACAAAAAAGAAAUCAAUCAAUUUUGGACGACACUUGUUGCAAGUGAAGUCACUACAAAAGUUCCGACGCCAAAAAAAACGCGGUACUAUCACCAUGCAACCCCCUAAAACUGAGGAAAAGCUGUUUUUCUUUUAAUUAAAAACCCUCAAGACUUUAUCAUAACAUGGGACCACAAAGAAUGUUUUGUAAUCUCUACUUUUCUUUAUUUUUUCUGUUUUGGGUUGUUUGCCAAUGUUUGAUUUUUUCUCUUCCAUGGGUUUUAGUCGAAAUACAUUUAGGCACGUCAUCCCCAGAGGUACUAACCAAUCCAGUCCUACGGUUCUUCCAAGAAUGGCUGCAGCUGGUAGAGAAAUGCUAGGAUAGAUUUUUCCUUCAUGUGCCUCAUGUCUCUUUCCAGUUAGAAAAAUCGCUGACCGUGAAUAGAGUUUUCAAGGAGAGCUACAUGGGCUCUUCGUGUUUUUCCAUCUUGCCGAGCAUUUCUGCGGUGGACAGCUUAAGGUGCUCUAGACUGUUGUCUUGUUUUUCAUUUCAGAAUUGUCGCGAUCCACGGAACAUCGCGUCAAUGCAACAACUAGUUAUUGCACUAACGUGGCCCGAUGUCUCGCAGUGUAAAGAAAGCGGGUUGAUUUCAUACGUGAUGCCGAAAUGUUUUACCAUCUUCUUUCCUAGACCUCAAGAAAAUGCAUUUCCACGGUCGUACAUAGGUCACUACUGCCUUUGCCCUCGCUGUGAUGUCUAUGAAGAUAUAAAAAAGGUCUCUACGAGCUACCGGCGUCCUCCACAAUACGCGUACAACUUUCACAAGCCGAAGGUUGCGGAGAAGUAGCUGCUAUCCUGCAUGAAAACGUCACACUUGUCUUCAAAUGAUCCACUAGCCACAGACUCGCACACCGAAUGCCUUGCUCCGCGAUUGUUUGUCCGAACAGUUUGAUUUUGUUCUUUAUGCGCCUGUUGUACGAAGAACCCCCUAUCUGUUAGUUGAAGUUUCAAGGAUCGCGUUGCUCAUUAUCUUUAUUAAAAAAAAACAAUAUUAAACUGCAGACAACCGUUAUCACAGUCUGAUGUACAGAACCUAGUUUGGGUUAGUAUUUCAUCCUGCUCACUCAGCAAUGUUUUGUGUGCUCAUCGGACGUUAUAAAAGUGAAUCUAUUGCAGAAGAGGUUAUGGGAGAAAAAUUGUUGUCGGCCAAGCGGCGACUGCUCGUUGUCAGCGACAAUGAUUGUGUGUGCUUAGCCUUUUUUUGCUCUUUUUUUUUUUUCUUUUUCUUUUUGUAUUGUGAAGCAGACUCGCUCUGUGGCCGAAGCGACUGAGCUGUGAUCCUGUUAUCCGAAACGAGGGAAGAAAAAGUCGACAUGUGUUUUCGCUGGGGAACAAGCUUUUCGUUGUUAUAUCUCGUCAUUAUUAAAAUAAUUAAUUCCACAA